AUGACAUCUCGAACCGUAUCUCUCGUUUCAUACCGCAGCACUCAAUCUCAGCGUGCUCACUUCGGUGUCUUCGUCCCCUCGGCUGAUGAAGCAGUGGGAACCCUUAUCCAGGUUGUUGGUGCGCCCAUGGUCGGCUACGUCCUGGAGUUCAAACGCAACUACUGCCCUGAUCUCACGCAGAGGGCGAACUCGCUGUUUGCACUUGGUCAGGUUGACUCUGCAAAUAUUGUUGAUUCCGGCGCCCCAUCCAAGGAGUUUGUUGAUACUAUACCCAACGGUAAUAUUGAGAUUCCUGCUAGUGAGGUGCAACCUCCGCCGAUUAGUGAGAAUUUCAUGGCACCUGUUAAUGAUACCACCAACAAGAGAUGCCAGGAGUGGACUAUGGAGUUUGUUCGCCACCUCGUUGCGAAAGGGCAUAUCGGGGAAGAGGCCGUUCAUAUUGUCCAGUCCAAGCGUGACCCCUGGAAUCGGCUUGCGGCCUGUUGGACAUCGUUAAGGAGCAUUUGGAUUUGA